GUCAUUUUAUGAUUUUAUCACCUGUUUUAUGUGUCACUGUUGACACGUUAUAAUGCACGAAAAAUAAUAAAUUUUGUAGUAAAAUAUGUCAAAAUGGCUUGUUCGGAUGACGACAAUCAUUGGGUGAUAGACUUGGAAAACGCACUUUUGGAGGAAUGUUCAGCUACAGAUAUUUAUUGCAUCUGUAAAGGCAAAGCCUUACCAGAAAACUUAAGGCCUGAAGUUUGGCAGAUAUGUUUAGAUGUCCGAGACAAGGGCAGUCAGUUAGAUCAUUUUAAUGAAGUUUAUGACUUACCAAAUCAGACUGUCCUGAGAGAAGAUUGCACAAAUUUUGUGUCAAAAUUAGGCAAUGAAGAAGAAGACAAACUCUCUGUAAUAUCCGACCUGGAAUCCAUUCUUACAUUUUAUUGUAAAAGUAGAAAUGUGCCCUAUGUGCGUAAUAAUGGAUGGAUAGAAUUGUUACUACCCAUACUUACUCUUAAAGCACCACGAUCGACCACUUAUAAUUUAUUUGAAGCAAUAAGAGAUACCUAUAUACCUCAAAGCUGUCAAAAUGAGGGCAAUGCCUUCCACAUUCUGCGGCUGCUGUUACUUUACCAUGAUCCAGAAUUGUGUUCAUUUUUGGACACAAAGAGAAUAACCCCAGAAAAAUAUUGCCUCUCCUGGUUUCAAUCAUUAUUUGCAGCUACAUGCAACUUAGAAGUAGUUAUAAAUAUGUGGGAUUAUUACUUUCAGCAAUCUGACCCAUUCUUCAUAUUCUUCUUAUCUUUAAUAAUGGUUGUUAAUGCUCGCGACCAAAUAAUUUCCAUGAAAGAGGAAAGUAGAGAAAAGAUAAUAACUUGUCUUACAAAUAUGCCUUGUGGUUUGGAAGCAGAUGAUGUAUCUGAUUUUUGCACGCUUGCACAAUACUACGCAUUAAAAACACCAAUUUCUUUUAGAAACGAUCUUAUGCAAACUUUGUAUAAUGGUAGAGGGGACAAUACAUUGUUAGUAUCUCAGGCGUUGUGUUUACCAGUAUCCGUGCACGAGUUGGUUGAAAAUUCGGCCCAUGACACUGCGAAUGUUGAUGCUGUAAGAUUCUUUUUGGUGGAUUGCAGACCUAUCGAACAGUAUAAUGCUGGACAUUUACCAACUGCUUUUCAUUUAGACUGUAACUUAAUGUUGCAAGAACCUAGCGCAUUUGCUACUGCAGUGCAGGGCCUUCUAAGUGCACAGAGACAAGCUUUAGCACACAAUUCUAGUGCAGGUGGGGAGCACUUAUGCUUCCUCGGUUCAGGUCGUAACGAAGAGGAUCAAUAUACCCACAUGGUUGUGGCAUCUUUCCUGCAGAAGCACACUCAGUACGUGUCUCUACUCACUGGAGGGUACAUAGCCAUCCAUAAUUAUUUCUCCGACAAUAUUGACGAAUUCCUACAGGAUCAUAAUCCAAGGAAUUGUAUUGUCUGUGCCCCUAAUUACCUGUUGAAAAACAGCGUUAAAUCUGGGCAGUCCACAGAUUUGUUUGGAAAGAUAUCUGCAGCGAUGAAAUCGAAGUCCGCGGAAGUUAAGGGAAAACUAAUCGAUUAUAUUGUGAAUCCAAACAGCAGUCCCAUACAGGAAAGACAUGUUUCCAGUAGCGAUAAGAUUGGGAAAAGGUAUCGAGAUGUUGCACCUGUUUUUAGUAUUGAUGAUGAUCAUGAUAAUGUUGCAAAUGUUGAGCACGUGGAUGACGAUCAACAAGAGCUGGUGCAAAUUCAGAGUUAUUUAAAGAAUCCGGAAGUGAUCGAACACUUCCCCUGUCAAGAGGUAAAAUUGAACGGGUUCAUGUACAAGAGCCACCUGAUCGUAACUCAAACAGAACUGAUUGUCCUCCGGGAAGUACCAGACAUAAAAGGAGCCGCAGAAGUGAUAGUAAAACGGCCUCUUUCCGCUAUCGUCAAGAUCACCGCUCGAAAACGCCACCCCGAACUCAUUACCUUCAAGUACGGAGUGCCCGACGGCGAAAACCUCAAAAUUUCCGAUAUGGAUAGGUUUUUAAUUCCGAACGCAGAUAAGGCUACUAAGGUCGUCUCAGAUCAGAUCCUUAAACAGUUGAAAGCUAAAGAGUGAUGUCGUAGAUAGUUUAUUUAUAUUAGAACCUAAAUGUAUUAUUCUAUUGUGCAUAAAUACUUAAGUAGUUAUUAAAUUAUAGAUAUUUUAAAAUUUGUUGAAUUUAUAUUUUUUAUUUAACCUUAAAUAAAUAUGUUUUAAAUCAA